AGAUAAAGUUAAAAGAAUCCGAUGUGUUUACCUCUUUCAUAGCUAAAUAUAGCAAAUACAUCACAAUAUUGUAUUGCUUCCGCAUAAAAUACUCGAUAAUUCUCAGUCUUCUCUCAGUCUCGUCAGAUCAAGUGAAUGAGAUGGCUUCAAACAUUCAGUAUCAAAAGGGAGACAGACCAGACCUGGCUAAGCAUGACAGCUCGGUGCUGGACCUGGUUUUUGCUAUGGACUGCACAGGUAGCAUGUCCUCCUACAUAAACACUGCCAGAGACAACAUCAGGAAUAUAGUGGAGGGCAUCGUAGCAGCCGAGAAAAGCGAUGUACGUCUGGCUUUGGUAGAGUACCGCGAUCAUCCUCCACAAGAAUCCACAUUCGUAACGCGGGUUCAUGAUUUUACCCCGUCAGUCGGAACAAUGAAGAAGUGGCUGGACGCUUGUAGUGCCAGUGGCGGCGGCGACACUCCAGAGGCAGUAGCAGACGCCUUACAUGAUGUUCUCAAACUCACUUGGCGGGAAAAUGCCACCAAAAUAUGCGUAUUGAUAUCCGAUGCUCCUCCUCAUGGAUUGGACCCAAAUGGAGACACUUUUCCAAAUGGGUGUCCAGCAGGGUUGGACCCUAUGGUUACAGUCCGUGAACUAGCAGAAAAGGGCAUUACGUUGUACUCUGUUGGCUGUGAACCAGCCAUUAAUAAAUAUAGAGACUUUUUCAUGGCACUUGUAUACAUUACAGGUGGGCAAUACGUGCCUCUUGCCGGAAGCAAGAUGCUUACACAGGUUAUCAUUGGUGGAGCACAGGAAGAAAUAUCCCUCGAGAAAUGGAUGGCAGAAGUGGAUGAAGAAAUUAAAAGAGAAAUGGACGCUGGUAGAGAGAUUAACGACGAAGAAAUGUCCCAUGUGGUUCACGAAAAGUUAAAAUCCAAAGGAGCUGUUGCUAAGCGCCUGAGACAAAAUAACGUAGGACUAGAUAUUGCAAGCGACGACAUUAAGAAAUAUUCAGAAAUCACAAGCAUGGCAGACAUUCGUAAAAAUUAUAAGAUGGCAGCCCCAACUCGAAUGGCAAGGAGCUCAGAUGUUUAUGAUUGUGAAGAAGGAAUAAUGUCUAUGGAACAGGCAACGAGGAUGGUGCAAAAAUCAAAAGCCCGUAUGAAGAAAAAAUAAUAGAACAUGAAAUGCUCGAAUUAUGAUGAAAUUAAGAGAACUAACUCCGCUGUCCGGGCAAUUGCAAUGUACACGGGCAGUAAAUACAUUCAGUGAUCUUGCAAUAUCUCAUUGUAGGCAUACAUGUAUAUGCUAACUUUCUGUAUAAGAUUUGUGGUUAUAAUUUUUGAAAACUUUCGACUUUACGUAUCGUACGUAGUUUGAUGUGCAGCUCAGUUUGUUAAAUACUACAUGUACACAUGUAUCAAUGAGAAAUCAUGGUUUCAUUAAAAACCAUUUUUGUCUUGUU